AAUAAUAAAUUUGUAGAGAAUUAUAUACAUUAGUUACUCCAAAGAAAAUGUUUGCGAAAUCUUAGUUUGACAUUCUGCUUAUUCGUGGCGCCAUCUUGGCUUGUUUGUCUCUGGCUGUCACUUCCCUUCGUUCCAGCGCCGGUUCCAUAGUUUUUUUUUCGAGUUUCGUGUUUUGUAUCAAUAUGAUUUUAACAUAAAACCAUGUAUUCAAUAAUAUCAAAAUUAAAAGUGUAAAGUGACAUUUGUUUGUAAGCAACUUACAUACGUGUUGUGCGGAUUGUUCACUGAGUGAAAGCUAACCAAAUCAAUAUGACAACAACCACAGUACAAAAUUCAGCUAAAACCAGCAAUGCCACGCCUGCUAAGCCACAGAAGAACUAUGGGAAAAUCGUCCUUACAUUGUACAACUGUUUGCUGCCAGAAACUGCGUUCAAAGAGACUCCAUCACAAGCUGAUGGGCUGGACAUAGAAACCGAAACAGACUUGCGAAUUUUAGGAUGCGAACUCAUUCAAACUGCUGGGAUUCUGCUUAAAUUACCACAGGUGGCCAUGGCAACGGGGCAGAUAUACCUCCAAAGGUUUUAUUAUUCCAAAUCCUUUGUCAGAUUCCCAAUGGAGACUAUGGCAAUGGGUAGCAUAUACUUAGCCUCUAAAGUGGAAGAGAAACCAUGUAGGAUUCGUGACGUCAUCAAUGUAUUCCAUCACAUCAAGCAGGUGAGAGGUCAAAAGACAAUUAGUCCAUUGAUUGUUGACCAGAAUUAUAUUGAGAUGAAAAAUCAAGUCAUAAAAGCUGAAAGACGGAUAUUGAAAGAACUGGGUUUCUGUGUCCAUGUUAAGCAUCCACACAAGCUUAUUGUAGUCUACCUACAAGUGCUACAGUAUGAGAAGAACCGGCUAUUGAUGCAGAUGGCUUGGAAUUACAUGAAUGACGCUUUAAGGACUGAUGUCUUUAUGAGAUUUCCUCCAGAAACAAUUGCAUGUGCGUGCAUUUAUUUAACAGCCCGUAAAAUUGGAUUGCCACUGCCAAACAACCCUCAUUGGUUCCUGCUGUUUAAAGUGCCCGAAGAGGAUAUACGAGAAGUGUGUAUACGUAUUCUGCAGCUGUACAAACGGCCUAAAGUCAACCCGGAUGAGUUAGAAACUAAAGUUGAUUUGUUGAGGAAAAUAUAUCAAGCGAACAGGCAGGCGGCUAAGGAAAAUAAUGCCAAAGCUGAAGAGAAGAAGGCAGAAGCCCAAACUGCGUCAACUUCUAAAGAUACCAGACGUGAUUCAAAGAAAGAAAAAUCACCAAAAACCCCUCCUCUUACUUCCAAAUAUCAUAGUAGUCAUAAGUCUAAGAAGGAAAGGCGGUCAAGGUCUCCUUAUGAUCGUAAAAGGGAGUAUUCGAGUAAAAGGCACAAGUCUCGCUCGAGGGACCGCGAUAUGGACCGUUCCAGGGAAAGGAGGUCCGAUGACAAACGAAGUCGCUCCUCGAGGAAGUAUGAUGAUUAUGAACGGUCAAAGUCCAGCAGAGAUGAUAAGAGAAAACAUUAGGGUAGUAUGUUAAUUUAAUUAUAA